GAACCACCACCGCCAAGUGGCUUCCACGAUGAUACAGAAGACCGGAGAUUCGAGAGGCGAGUUUUUACCAUCACCCGUAUCUAGUUCUUGCUCGUAUAUCCACGUUAAUGGUUGCAUUUGUUUGGUAUUCUUUUAAACCUCGUGUGAUGUUUUAUUUUUCUCACCUACUUAUAUUAUGAACAUUGAUUGAUUUUCGUUUCGUGUUUUAUAAAAACUCUUUUCCUCGAAUUGUGCAUUUUUUUGAGUUUCGCGGUUCGAAGUAAUGAUAUUCGUAUAAUAUAGUAAAGAUGCCGAGACCUUGUAGAGAAUCGUACGACGAUCAAAAGCCACCUUAUUCGUAUAUCUCGUUGACAGCUAUGGCGAUCUGGAGUUCACCGGAGAAAAUGUUACCACUAUCGGAUAUCUAUAAAUUCAUCAGCGACAGAUUCCCGUAUUAUCGUCGUAACACCCAACGCUGGCAGAAUUCACUCAGGCAUAAUCUCUCGUUCAACGACUGCUUCGUUAAAAUACCUCGCCGUCCAGACAGACCCGGCAAAGGCGCUUACUGGGCUUUACAUCCGGCAGCUUUAGACAUGUUCGAAAAUGGCUCUCUGCUCAGACGCCGAAAACGUUUCAAGUUGAUGAAAUCCGAUAAAGAUCGACUGGAAAACGAGUUGAUCGCGUUAGCUAACAUGAAUCGUUUCCUAUUCGCUCCGGCACCGGGUACAGCUCCACCAUUAACGCCGAGUCCGCCGAUCGUCGAACCUGCUCCGGCUCCGAGUCCUCCCGAAGUGACCAAAAUUAUUGUCGAGACUAGGCCUAAGAGAUCGUUCGACAUCGAGAGUCUCAUUUCGCCGGAUAGUCCGGCUAAAAAAGAAAAACCAUCGUCUCCUAGUCCGACUUAUCCGCAGUUGGCGAUUCCGGCCAUCUCAGGUUCCUGUUUUAUCGCACCGGUUCAUCAGCCUUUGGUCAUGUUACCACCGAAUCCGUACUUUCAUCAUCCGCCCAAUUUGUAUAGAUUUGGGCAAGAGUUGAGGGCGGCUUGAUGACCUCGUCUUCUUCGGUAAGCGAUAAGUGUAUCCGUGAUAUUUAUUUAUUAUUCUUUAAGGAAACAAACAAAAAAUCAAUCCUUGUGAUAUGAUUAAGCGUAGAAUCUCGUCGUAUAUGUAUACUUUACUUACAUGUGCUUUCGACUAAAACGGUUGAAAGUUUUUGUUAGUAAUUGUCAAAGUUUAUAUAAGUAAGAAUUUUUAUUUACUCGUGUAAAAUUCCAUGAGUAUGUGCGAGCGAAGGAAGUGUUCGGGAGCUUCGUCUUCGAGGUACUAAAAAUGUUUUGAAUUCGGUAAAUUUCAUUCAAGGAUUAAUAUUUGCAAAAAUUAUCAUGAUUGUUUCGAAUGGUUCAUAAAUUCGAACAAAUAGCAAGAUGUGAAAAAAACCUACCAGGUUAUUCACCGAAGAUUUUGAUUAGCUACUCGAAAUUUUGUUAUCUUCGUUCGAUCAAUUCGUUUAGCGUUGAUGAUUCCAAAUAAAUCCAUCGUUCAACUUCCUUCGCUGCACAUACCAUAUUUAUCAUUAGUAAUGCAAUGGGCAAUGUUGCAAUAAACCUCAGAAAAAUUAGAUCUCUUAUUAAUUAAUUAUAAAUCUCAAAUCUCCGGUACCAUGUUAACGAACAGAAGCAUUUAAAUUCCUCGAAAAUUCAUCGAACACGUUAACCGGUACUUUGCAUAUGAUUAGCCUACCUGUAAAUAUAUUUCGCUUGGUAACUUUCAAAAAUUCGAGCGAAUUAGGUACAGUCUUUCGAACUCAUAACAUCUCGGUAAACUCUUCAUCAAGAUGACGAUGAAAUUACCUAAAACAAAACAAAAAGCGUUUUCUAUGUCAUAUUAAUAUUUUCUAGGUUAUUAUAAAUUUCGUAUCAUGUGUACAAUUGUGUAUAAUGUUUAGUUGUUGUUUACUUAUUUAAGAUAAAAAAUACGAAAAAACGUACAAAAAAACACAGUUGAAUGCUUUAUAACGUUGUAGAGACUAUAUUGUUUUUCAUGUUCCUAAAAUAAAAAAUCGAUUUUAAA